GGGCCCUGUGGCCGCGGCACGGUUGCCAUGGUACCAGGGCGGCUGGCAGGCCUCCCAAGCCGAGGGCAGAGCUCGCAGGACCCGGAGGCCGCGCAGCGCUGCCGCUAUGAGCCUGGGCACCACAGAUCUAGCCUCGGAGACGGGAGAUGACAGUCUGUCUGCUAUUACCUUUGAAUCUGACAUUGAAUCGAAAACUAAAAGGAAAAGUUUCCACAAACCUCCUUCCACAUCACCAAAGUCGCCCUACUACUCCAAACCCAGAAAAGUGACCUCCUGGCGAUCUCUGAAGACGGCAGGGAGCAUGCCUCUGAGUAGCCGAAUGUCCUUGACCCCACAGAAGCUGUGGCUGGGAUCCUCGAAACAGGGUAGUGUGGCCCAACCCCCGAGCCCCACGCUUACCUCGGAGCACGCGUGGACCCACCCCCCCAGCUGCACUCCCGACUACCUGACAGAAGCUGUGAGAGUGAAGAGGGCAGACCUCAGGCGUUCUGGCAGCCAUGGUCACGUCUCUGGGACUUCCGUCUACAGAGAGAAGGAGGACAUGUACGACGAGAUCAUCGAGUUGAAGAAGUCCUUACACAUGCAGAAAAGUGAUGUGGAUCUGAUGAGAACAAAACUUCGGCGCUUGGAAGAGGAGAACAGCAGAAAGGAUCGGCAGAUAGAACAGCUUCUGGAUCCAAGUCGAGGCCCAGACUUCGUGCGAACCUUGGCAGAGAAGAAGCCUGACACGGGCUGGGUCAUCACCGGGCUCAAACAAAGGAUCUUCAGGCUGGAGCAGCAAUGCAAGGAGAAGGACAACACUAUCAACAAACUGCAGACGGACAUGAAGACCACCAACCUGGAGGAGAUGCGCAUUGCCAUGGAAACAUACUACGAAGAGAUCCAUCGUCUGCAGACCCUCCUGGCGAGUUCUGAAGCCACAGGAAAGAAGCCCAUGGUGGAGAAGAAACUGGGUGUGAAGAGGCAGAAGAAGAUGAGCAGUGCCCUGCUGAACCUAACACGGAGUGUGCAGGAGCUGACCGAGGAGAACCAGAGCCUGAAGGAGGACCUGGACCGCAUGCUGAGCAAUUCACCCACCAUCUCCAAAAUAAAGGGUUACGUGGACUGGAGCAAGCCCCGGCUGCUGAGACGCAUCGCAGAGCUAGAAAAGAAAGUGAGUUCCUCAGAAAGCCCAAAGCAAUCUACUUCAGAGCUGGUGAAUCCGAAUCCCCUGGUCCGCUCCCCAUCCAACAUCUCAGUGCAAAAGCAGCCGAAAGGGGACCAAUCCCCAGAGGACCUGCCCAAGGUGCCCCCGUGUGAGGAACAAGAGCAUCUCCAAGGAACCGUGAAGAGCCUGAGAGAGGAGCUGGGUGCACUGCAGGAGCAGCUGCUGGAGAAAGACCUGGAGAUGAAGCAGCUGCUACAGUCCAAGAACGACCUGGAGAAGGAGUUGGAGACAGCCAGGGAAGGCGAGAAGGAGAGACAGGAGCAGGAGCAGACUUUGAGGGAGGAAAUUGAAGCACUCACCAAAAAGUGUCAAGAACUGGAAGAAGCUAAGAGAGAAGAGAGAAACUCCUUCAUAGCAAUGACUGAUGAGGCUCACCCAGAGCUCCAUGCCCCAUCGCCCUGCAGCAGGCACUCUGAGCCAGACUCUGACAAUAGUGCUGGUGAGGUGGGUGGCUCCCAACCCCCUGCCCCAUGCUCUGAAGAGAGGAGAGAGGCUGCCAUCAGGACCCUGCAGGCGCAGUGGAAGGCCCACAGGCGCAAGAAAAGAGAAGCAGCUCUGGAUGAGGCAGCGACUGUGCUCCAGGCAGCCUUCAGGGGACACCUAGCUCGUUCGAAGCUUGUACGCAGCAAAGUCCCAGACUCCAGGUCUCCCAGCCUGCCGGGCCUCCUCAGCCCUCUUAAGCAGAGUUCUCCUGCACCCCGUGUCCUAAGCCCCAUCUCCCCGGCUGAAGAGAACCCAACACAAGAGGAGGCCGUCAUCGUCAUCCAGUCCAUCCUCCGUGGAUACCUGGCCCAGGCCAGGUUCAUUGCCAGCUGCUGUCGAGAGAUUGCCGCGUCCUCUCAGAGGGAAACUGUUUCAGUGACACCCUCAGGAUCCGCCUCCCCACCCUCCCUCGAAGCUUCUCCUGAAUGGGGUCCAUCAGGAAAGAACAGCGAGGCGAGAAGUGGGGAGGCUGCUGAGGACGAAGAUGAGGCAGAGGAACCGCCAGACCUGCAGCCCUACUCAGGAGCGAUCCGCAGGGAGCUCUGUGCCUCGGAGGAGCUGAGGGAGACCUCUGCAUCUGAACCUGCCCCCUCCGUCCCCUACUCCGCCCAAGGUGGCCACGGGCACUGCCCAUCCUCAUCCAGUCUGGAGGCUGUGCCCAGUAUGAAGGAUGCCAUGUGUGAGGAAAGGAGCAGCAGCCCUGGAAGCGCAGGGCCAUCCUUGGCUGAGCCCUCUCCCCCAGGACUGCAGCCCUUGUCACCACCACCUGUGGAGGACAUCUGCUCGGAUGACUCAGAUGACAUUAUCUUUUCACCAUUUCUGCCCAGGAAGAAAAGCCCCUCCCCGUUCUAAGACCCCAGCCAUUGCCUCCAGGUGAGGUGGCUGGGGACAAGUCAGAGGACUCUAAAAUUUGCGAAGAUGACUAUCUUGCUAGGGAAGAGCCCUGCCUCGCUCCGGAACACCUCAGCCAUCCAUUUUCUUAUGUGUCGUGCCUGUGCCUUUGAGGGGUGCUGGUGGCUCUGUACUCUCUGGGGACAGAGGGAGGGAGGGUGGGCACCUCCCACUUCCAUUUCCCACUUUAGUCUGUGUGUUUCUAGUGCCCACAGAUAACGUCCACCCCAAGGCCAGGGCAGCAGGGAGUCCUGCAAAGAGGAGAACUCUUACAGAGUCUACUACUUGCUCUUAACAUGGCACUGUUAGCUGUCAUGUUGGCCUAGCCUUCCUGGUCUGCUGCUGCCCAGUGCCUUAACAGGUGCUACAGCUAAGCCUCCUGAGCCCACAGCAGGAUGCAGUCAUAGGAGAGCCAGCAAGAACCUAUGACCAUCAGGGUCCCUAACUGAGUCCUUGUCCCAUGGGCUCCUUGUUCCUCCUGUUUUUCUCCCUCACCGCCUCCAUCCCCCACCCCAGGAGGAUGAACUCUGGGAAGAGCACCAGGCAGCGUCAACACAGAGUGGUCCAGCCACUAAUGAGAAGCAGCCCGAGGAUGGCUCAGGUCACCCAGACACAAGGCAAGGCAGCAGGGCCAGGAGGCAGGCAGCCCAUUGUCCCAGAGGAGAUUUGUCUCAGGGAAGGACAAAUUCCAGUAUGGCCCUGUAACUGGGUGUGCAGAGGUACCUGCAGGCGACCUGUGCCAUCUGGCGCCCUCAGCGUCCAGCAGCUUGAGGUGUUGGUCCCUUGUCUGUGGAAUUAGCUCCUGGCAGUGGAUGAGAAUGAGGGACUCUGGGCUUAGACAGGGUUUAAGGAGCAUCCAGGCUCCAUGUAGCUUAGGCCUGCUGCCCAAGUGUCCCCUCCAGAGUGCCCGUUAGACUGGCUGCUGGUGGUCUCCAUAGGUCACUGGAGACGGAACUUCCUGGUCCCAUAGAACUGAGAUUUGUCUCAGGGAAAACCUAAGAAGGUUCUCUCUUGGACUAGACCAGUGGGGAUACCCAAGAGGUUUGCCUUUGGGGACCAUUUAGUUCCUGGCAUCCUUCUCCACAAAACGCUUGCCUGAUAGGGCACACAGCAGGCUGUGCCCGGGACGUUCAGGAAGUGAGCUGGGCUUGCCAGUUAGAGACCAGGAAGAGGGAGGGCCCGGCUUUGUCUACCUGCUCCUGGAAGGUUUAAGCACCCCUAAUACUCUGAUGGGACCAGGGACAGCUGCCUCCCAUUUUUCUCCACCAGGGGGCAAAACACAACACGGCCAGGACCCUGGCCGUCUGGUGUGGCCUGGAGGCUGCCUGCCAAGGUAGUUUCUCAGUGACGUGGUGGUAACUUUACUCACAUAGCAGCCACCUGGAGCCCUCUGUUGAUCUGCUUCCUUGUCAGAGCUUGGCUGUGUUCCCUGUGAUUGCUGCCACCCCUUAAAGCCUCGGACACCACCCACUAAGACACAAGACGGCGGCUACAGGUGGCCCUCAUGUGCCUGUACCUUCCCCGGGGCCAGGGGUGUCCAUGUGCCACUGCUCUGCCCCCUCCCUUAUUUAACGGCAGCCAUCUGUGCAUUGAGUGUUCCGAGUGAGCAAGCAGUUGGGCUGGGGUGUCUUCACCCCCUUCACCUGGGGGGCGGGGGCGGGGCUCCACCUCGGGAAUGGGUUAUGCAAGAUGGCGCUCCAGCUGCAGGGCCAACCUGUGCACCCAGCCUGGCCAGUGGGCAAUGAGGUCUGAUCAGCCCCCGCACUUGGGUCUUCCAAGAACCUGCCUCUGAAACACAGGAAAGCUGUAGCCUUCCCGUCCUUUGGUGUAGCAGCUCAUCUAUUAAAGGCAAAGCCUGUCUUGAAGCUGCCCCAGUAAAUGAGGGUGAAGCCUGAAGCCUC